GAACAUCUCAAAACAUUUCUCUUUUCUUCAUUCAAUUUUUUGACCCACACACACUCACAUAAACACAUAAAUUUCCUCAUAAAACCCUAAACCCUACCUAGUUCCAACAACUACUUAUAUAUUCCAAACCAAUAAAAUCUCAUUAGCAAUGGCCAAAGUUGGGAAGCUGACAAAACUCAAGUCGGCGAUGAAGAAAUGGCCUUCCUUUGCCAAGAACCACCACCACUCAUCCUCCUCUGCCGCUGUCUCAGAUGAGCUCUCAGAGGAUAACAAUCUCCAUGUUGUUUAUGUUGGUCAAACUCGAAGACCUUACAUGCUUAGGCCAGACAUCAUCUCGCACCCACUCUUUCAAGAACUAGUGGAUCGGUCUUCUAGAUCCGUCGAACAAGAUCGGGAGAUCGUUGUAGCUUGUGAAGUUGUUUUGUUCGAGCACUUGUUGUGGAUGCUCAAGACUGGUCAAGAAGGAGGAUCCGUUGAAGAAUUGGCUGAGUUCUAUACUUAUUGACAUCGACCGAUUGAUUUUUAUACAUUUAUUGCGUUUAAUACAUACUUCUUUUUGUUAUUGUUUUUGUUGUUGUUGCUGAUAUGUAUUUUGAUUCGAUGCGGUGUGUGAUCAAAAGGUGAUCUCGUAAACCAUAUCAUUUGCUUCUGUUU